AUGCCACCCUCCUCGGCCUUCCAGUGGUUUCUCCUCGUCUGCCCAGCCGUCGUGAUCGCCGCCUACUUCUUGACUGUCUUUCCGCACUCGCCCUCCUCGCUCUAUGUCCACCCGUCUCUGGCCACGCUCCCCAAAUCAUCUCCGACGUGGUCCAUCUACCCCGACACCUUCUUCGACGGUGGUGCGUACGCGAAGUUUCCGUAUGGCACGGUCCGAUAUUGGCUCAUCGGACCAGAAGAAGGCAAGCGGGUCGUUCUGAUCCACGGACUCUCUGUCCCGGCGAUGAUUUGGAAAGACGUCGCGCCUCAAUUGGCCGCGAAGGGCUAUCGCGUGCUCUUGUACGACCUAUAUGGGCGUGGGUACUCGGACGCACCCCAGACUACGUACGAUGUAAAUCUGUACACCAUGCAACUUGCGCUGCUUCUCCAGUAUAUUGGCUGGAGCAAAGCAGAUAUCGUUGGUGUAUCCAUGGGCGGUGGAAUUGCCACCGCGUUCGGCGCGCAAUAUCCCCAUCUCGUCACCGACAAGGUCGUACUCAUCGCUAGUGUGGGGCUUAUGGAGUCCUCGGAUAUGUCCCGUACAACGAGACUGUUAUCGUCGCCGCUUAUGCAAGUCGUUUCGUCAAGUUACCCCUUCCGUCUGUAUCUCCAGUAUCUAGCGAACCAGAAGCUCUCCGGCAACCCUAUAGGUGAUGUUGUCCGACUACAGUCCGCCCACCUUCCUGGCUACAACGCGGCACUCGCAUCCUCCAUCCGUGAGGGCCCCCUCCGCAGUCUCGCACCACAGUUCGCCGCGCUCGGGCGACAUUCACGCAAAACGAACGGAAGCGUGCUCAUCAUCUGGGGCACGGCGGACGAGGUGGUACCAUACCGCUACGCGUCGCGCGUCCAGACGCUCAUCCCACACGCCAAACUCGUCCCUAUCGAGGGUGGCCCGCACGACAUCACGAUCAGCCACCCAGACGACGUCUCGCGCGCCCUCAUCCAGUUCCUCGGACAAUGACCCGCCUAGGAUGCUUCACGACUUCUUGUUCUCUGCGCCACCCACCCCUUUGCCAUGCACCAUGUUCGCUUGCUUACCAUUGUCCAUGUUUAUCACGUUUGCCUUCCCGCACACCACCUGUUGCUAUCGAUAGCACUCUGUAUCGUUGAUUGUUACUUACACUGCACGCACACAUC